AAAAGAUUGCUCUCACUUUCGUUCAAGCGAUGGCCGCAGUCAGAAGUGAAUUCCCAGGCGAACCGAUCAGUUAUACGAACACCAAUACUUCCAACAAAUCCAAUUGCCUGAGGUCCGUGAAAAAACGUGUGACCACGUGUUUGCAGCAGUUGCGUGAAAAACUACCGGCAUCCGGAUCUUUUCGCAAGAGUUCCUCCAGCCGUUUUUACAAGAUCUUCGUAAAGGCUGAGUUUUCCGCCUUUGGAGAGCGUUUUCAGAAGAUCUUUAAAUCGGCGCGAAAAACCGAAUCGCCGGAGUUGUGGAAAGUGCCGUUGGCCCAUGACGUCACCGGGCAGAGCGGCCAGCAGUUGCAAAUCGUAGCCAGACUUUUCUCAUCCACGCUGAUUUCCACCAAGGAAAUCCACUACAACAACAACAGCUAUAACUAUAAAAGCCGGAAAAGCGAGAGCUACAACAGCAACAUGACCAUCAUCGAGAGCAACUAUAUAACCGUGCGCGAGGAAUUUCCCGACAUCGAUGCCGAGGUUCGCGCCAUAUUGCUGACCCAUGCCCAGAAUGGAAUCACGAUAUCGAACAUCAAAAGUGAAUAUCGCAAACAGACGGGCAACGCAUUUCCACUGCACGACAACAUAACGGACUUCCUGCUGACCAUUCCCCAUGUGACCGCCGAGUGCAGCGAGUCCGGCAAGCGGAUCUUCAACCUCAAGCCGAACCUGAAGAACCGCCACCUGCUGGAGAUGGUUCUCAACCAGAAACAGCGCGCCAGCGACUACAGCAGCGGAGCUCCGUCCUUAGAGGACAAACCCCGAGCACCGCCGCGCUACUGGAAGAAUCCCUACAAACGGCGGGCUCUUUCACAGCUGGACAACAACCUAAACACCGUGCACAAGCUAACGGAUGAGCAGACCAAGGCGAUCAACACCAAGGCGGCUCCGCUGCAGCAACUGGCCAAGGAGGCAGCGGAGUCGAACUGGUGCUACCAGGAUAAUUGGAAUCAUCUGAACAACUUCUACCAGCAAUCCAGAGUAAAUGAACCACAGAUGCCGGUGCCCAUCAACAUUUACAGCGAUGCAACAGAGGAGCCAACCCAGUUGGAUGCUCCCGAGCAUCACCCACACUGCCAGAACCACAACGAGAAUCAGAAUCCGAAUCAGCAUCAGAAUACCAAACAGAACGUAAACCAGCACCUGGGCAUUUUCGUGCAGCCUUUCAAUGAUAUGAACAUUAUGAAGAGACGCCACGAACUGACGCCCACACCCACGACAUUAUCGAGUGGAACCUACAACGAUUCGAUGCUGACGAUCAAUUCGGACUACGAUGCCUUCUUACUGGACUUUCCCCUCAUGGGCGAUGAUUUUAUGCUAUAUCUCGCCCGCAUGGAGCUCAAGUGCCGUUUCAGGCGCUACGAGCGGAUCCUUCAGUCGGGCCUUUGCGUGUCCGGACAAACGAUCAACGGCGCCCGGAAUCGGUUGAAGAAAUUCCACCUUCCCGAGGGCACCCAGAUCAUCGUGAAUAUCGGAUCGGUGGAUAUAUUGCGGGGCAGGCCUUUGGUUCAGAUCGAACAUGACUUUCGGCUGCUGAUCAAGGAGAUGCACAACCAGCGAUAUGUGCCCAUCCUCACGAAUCUCGCACCGCUGGCAAACUAUUGCCACGACAAGGAUCUGUGCGACAAGGUCAGCCGAUUCAACAAGUUCAUCCGGGCCGAGGGCAGACACCUGAAGGUCGUUGACAUACACUCCUGCCUGAUCAACGAAAGUGGCAUCGUGCGAUUCGAUUGUUUCCAGAGCUCACCACGCCAAGUCACCGGUUCCAGGGAACCAUAUCUGUUCUGGAACAAAAUCGGCCGUCAGCGCGUGCUUCGAAUUAUUGAAUCGAGUCUGGAGUAUUAACUUGGGUUUCCUAUCCGAGAUAUGUGGACUGGGCUGGUACCAGAAUCAACCAUGAAGAUUUUUGAUGAUUUUACGAUUUACGCUGAUGGCUCGCUGUUUUUACGGAAUUCGCUUAAUUUUAAUAUGUUUUAUAUGUACGUCCCCUGUGUCUUUGUUAAUAUAUGUUCGUGUACUUGUGUUAGUCCCUAAUUGUAUAAAAUUGUGUGUUCCGUGUUCUUUGUUAGAUUUUAACUUCUUUUUUUUCCGCUGCCUGUGAUUUAUUUCGCAUACCCAUUGAUUUUCUGCACACUUUUUGCUCCUGUCCCAAAAGCUGUGUGAAAAAUCGAAUUCGAAAUAAUUGCAAGCAGUUGAAAACUUUUCCUCUUUUCCCAAACCAUUUUCCCUUGAAAUCUAUAUUUUAAAUCGGAUUGCAAUGAAAAAUGGAAUUUAAAUGCAAAUCAUUGCAAAUGUUAUAAACUGUUUUUUGUUCCACACUUUUUGUGGGCCAAAAUGCUUCAUGCUCCUGUAUAGCAACCAGCCACACGCCUCCUUGGAAAAGGAGGAGUGGGCGUGGCCAAUAUACAUUUGAGCCAUGCUGGAUUUUGGCUGUAAUGAAAAUGCACUUGGUUCACUUGGAAAAUUCGCUUGCACAAAAUCAACGCCGCGGCUGAUUUAUUAUUAAUGUGCUCAAGCAAAUUCAAGUGAAGCAUUUGCGCGAUUUUCGUCUUCCUGUUUCCGUUGAAAAAAGUUUAUAAAAAGCUUACACUCUGCUGCAGACACGCCACCGGAAGUGCGCACUAACCGUUUGUUCGUAGCACAGUGUAGAAUUUCAGUGCAAAUUACUACUCUACUCUAAACUCUUCUAGAUAGCUAUUUACUAUUUAUAAACUAAUUUAUUGUCUUGAAUGUAUGUUAAUUGUAUGUUUUGAUGGUGAUCACGUUUUUUUUGUCCUAUAACAAGAAGCAAUGUAAAAUCCAAAAAAAAAUGAAAAAAAUAAAACAAGGGAAAUAACAAUGA